AACUCUCCACUUUCGAGUCCUCAACUAGUGAUAAUAUUAUAAUCUCUAUGGAGUGAGCUUCCUACACGCAACUGCAGAUACAUUUUCAUAGAGAUUAGAUCUAUUUUAUUUGAAGGUUCGUUUCAUUUCAUUAUAAGGAAAAUCUCAAUGGAGGUUUCGUUGUAGUGAUAAAGCAAAGAUCAUAUCUUUGGGAGGAGAAAGAAAGGGUUUGGAGGGGGUUUGGUUUGGGUUCAUUUUUUAAUUUGAGAGAUGACGAGCUUGAACCCUUUUGGUUUGUUGGGUGAUGAUGAUACCGGGGAACUAUCAUUGUUGAUCGCUGCUCAGCAAAAGGCGGCUUCCGUCGCCGCCCCAAAGAAGGGGCCGGCUCAGUCUCAGGUUAAGACACAGCCUGCUGCUCAGAGUAAACAAGCUAAGCUUCCCUCCAAACCUCUUCCUCCCGCUCAGGCCGUGAGGGAGGCAAAGAAUGAAACUGCAGGAGGCAGAAGUCGUGAUGGACGCGGAUAUGGGCGUGGUGGAUACAGACGUGAUUUUGCAAAUGACGAGAACUCUUUCAGCGAUAUUGGUGCACAUGCCGGUCAAGGUGCACCUGAAGAUGGAGUGAGUGGGAAACCCUCUGGUAGGCGUGGUGGCGGCUAUGGUGGUCCUCGACCUAACCGUGGUAGCCGCUCUGGUGGUUUUAAUAACGGGGAAGUUGGAGAUGGUGAGCGACCUCGCAGGUUGUAUGAAUGCCAUAGUGGGACUGGACGCGGAAAUGAUCUCAAACGUGAAGGCUCUGGUCGUGGAAAUUGGGGAAGUAAAACUGAUGAAUUUGCUCGGGUGACUGAAGAAGACAAUGACGGUGAGAAGAAUUUAGGUGAUGAAAAACCAGCCGGAAAUGCUAACGAGGAAAAUCCUACCGAUGAACCUGAAGAAAAAGAACCCGAGGAAAAGGAGAUGACUCUCGAGGAGUAUGAGAAGGUGCUGGAAGAGAAGAGGAAGGCUCUCCUGGCUCUUAAGACCGAGGGAAGAAAAGUAGAUGCCAAGGAGUUUGAGUCUAUGCAGCAGCUCUCAAACAAGAAGAGUAAUGAUGAGGUCUUCAUCAAAUUGGGCUCGGAUAAGGAUAGGAGAAAAGAGGCUUAUGAGAAGGACGAGAGAGCAAAAAAGUCGGUCAGCAUUAAUGAAUUUUUUAAGCCUGCUGAAGGGGGGAAGUACUACAACCCUAGUGGUCGUGGAUGUGGUCGUGGUUCAAGAGGUUUCGGUGGAGAAAGUGCAGCUAGUAACAAUGAGGCAGCACCUUCCAUUCAAGACCCAGGGCAGUUCCCAACUUUGGGGGGCAAGUGAGAUUUCUCUAAAACUCGACAUACGAUCUCUCCGUGUUGGUUUGUUUAAAUUUUGGGCAGGGAAAUGUGCUUCUAAUAAUCUGUUGCCAAAGGAUUUCAUGUUUAAAAGAUGUACAUUUUGUUUUGUUGUAAUGCCCCCAUUGUUAUGGUGUGUUAUGUCUCAUAAGAAAAAUGGGAGCCAUGUGACUAUAAAUUAGUAAGUUGCACCUUUUGUUUUGAGAAUAGAUGGAACUAUCUGCUACUUACAUUGGAUAUAGUAGCAAUUUAAGGGAAGCAAUUGCUGUGAUUAGUAAUCUGUUCUUAUGCCA